GCCUCAGUUGCCACCCACUUUGUACUUUUUUAUCAUUCCGUCACUCCUAAUCUGGACCCAAUAUCGCAAUCGAGUAAUAUAGGCACGCCACAUUCUUCGAUGACUGCGACGCGGAAAAAAAGAUAAGAAAAAAGCAAAAGUAAAAGUGACAAGCAAGAAGCGGUCACGGAAGACGUGUUCACAAUUCACUCAAAAGAAUUCAAAAGAAUUGGUUCCACGGUUUAUUUCCUACCUAGGAACAUAAACUUAUUGGGUAAUUUAGGUACCUAUUAAUUACAUCAAAACGAAAAACGACGAGGCCUUCUUUUCUAACCUUUACAUAGUACGCCAACCAUCUUCUAAUCCAGGAAGAUGUGUCGCUUUUUGGUCUAUCGAGGCAGCGACGAGAUCCUGCUCUCCAAGUUGAUUCUAGACCCGACGCACUCUAUCCUGAAGCAAUCGUUUGACUCUCGGCUAAGAUUGGACACGCGACGCGGCCAGAAUAAUGCAGAUGGCUUUGGAAUUGGAUUCUAUACCGACCCGAAACUAGGUCCUGCUCCUUGUCUCUUCACUUCAACCAUACCCGCUUGGAACUGCACCAAUCUCCAUCGUAUCGCUUCCAAGACGGCAUCAAGACUCGUCUUCGCACACGUUCGAGCAACCACCGAAGGAUCUCUAAGCGAGGAUAACUGCCACCCUUUCUGUCAUGCGAGUUUGAUGUGGAUGCACAACGGCGGUUUAGGUGGCUGGAAACAUAUCAAGAGGAAGCUAGGUGAACGAUUACACGACAAGUGGUACCUUUGCGUACAAGGCGGAACUGAUAGCGAGUGGGCGUUCGCUCUAUUCCUCGACCGCCUCGAGCGUCUGGGCGUCAACCCGAGUUCAGAGCCCAAGAAUGGGUUUGGGCCAGGUGUUCUACGAAAAGCCCUCCUACAAACAAUCGAGAUUAUCAACGAGCUUACUAUGGCUAUACCGGAAAGCGUCAUUCAGAGCGAGAAUGUGGAUACUCGAAGUCUGUUAAACUUCGCAGUGACGGACGGACAUAGCAUCAUCUGCACGAGAUAUGUGAGCAGCAAGACCGAUGAGGCUGCAAGCUUGUACUAUUCUUCGGGUACCCAAUGGGAGGCCAAUAUGUCUUCUCCUAAUGAUCGUAAUGAUCGAGAUUACCAGAUGGAACGCCGCGAUAAAGGAGCAGAUAUUGUCCUUGUUGCUAGCGAGCCUUUGACAUUCGAACGAGAAAAUUGGGUCAACGUUCCCACCAACUCUAUUCUGACCAUUCACGGCCAAACUGUAAUGGUAAACCCAAUCAUCGACGCCUUUUCAGACCGCGAUCCCUAUCACACGCGUUCCUCGGCAUUCGCGCAAACGAAGGGUCUUACUACCAACGAGAAGGCAGCUCCCCGCGUUACCAGUCCUUUACCCACGCCGAGUAUCGAUCUCGACAGUCACAAGCGCAUUCUUGCUCCAUUAAUCCCUGCCGGUAUCGGACGAAGUCGAACACCAGAGGGUCCAUCGUUGCCAAUUCGGAACAAGACUCCACUUGCAUACUCGGAGUCGGCCUCCGCCCCGUCUGAUAUCCGUGCUCCUCCAAGCGAACCCCGGCCUCGCACAGAGCCACGUCCAGAUCUUGGUAAUAAACUUCCCUCUCAGGGUAACAUCAAGAAGAAGAGGCGUUCGCUUAAUAUUGGAGAACAUCCUCACCCUGCCGACCACCAAGUCGAUCUAGAGUUGCCGAUGCCCGAUAGCCCGGUGCCAAGUUCCGUAUCGAGAGGCCCUGACUAUACCACAUCGGAGAAGGCAGCUCGCGUCCUCGGGAUGGCUCUUUAGUAAAGAGAUUUCUCAGUGGUAUCUGGCCAGACUUUUUUUUCUUUUAAUGGCGUUUCCUUGACGUUUCGCAUCACGACGGGGGUAGUCUCAGCAUAGAUUUGAAGUUCCGCAACUGGUGAGAAUGACAUCAAAAGGGAGCCGGAAUAGUAAGGCGUUUCUGGUUGCUGUGUUUAUUUUAGAAGAGCGGUUUGGUGCGUGUAGCAUUGUAGCAAAAGUUGACUGCUAAUUCCAUACCCCAAUAAUAAAUUCGCAUUUACCUA